UUUACAAAAUUACUUUAUAAUUGUUCAAAGUCAAUCCAAUUCUUUUUCAUUUCCUAGUGCUUUGUAUUUUUAUACUUCUCGACAACGCAACUUCAACGCAAAUUCAUCUCACACAUUUAGAAAUAUCUAACUCACCAAUUGAAAAAUCAAAUAAUUCCAAGUUUAUCGAUUCGUUUAAUAAUUUUAACUUUGUCCUGACAAUGUAUACUUUUAGUUUGAUUGUUUGAACCGUCGAAUGACAGGAAAUGGUUGGCUCGCUGUUACCACGAAUCUAUCACGUCUGUUUAGUACAGUGUUGCGGAUUUCUUAGCGUGCUUGGCUCGGAUCCAGGAAUGAUCAAAGAAUCACAAUUCACCGGACGUGUUUGUGUUUACUGAUCGGUCUCAAACGUUUCUGAUCUUUUUUUAAGCAAAGAGGAUAGCAAAGUGAGUUAAAGUAAAUUGUUCUAAACAUUGUUGCGAAUAUUUGACGGUCACAAUAUGGAAGCUUAGAAAGAACAGAAGAAACUAACGAAGUCCUAUGUUUCAUCAUGGAAGCAGAAUGCAAUAAAACAUCAUAGUCAACAACACUAAUUGUAUAAUUACUGUAAUACGUGUUGUAACACCUAUACAUACUUUAUACGCACACGUAGACACCUGUAGACGACCGAGAAACGUUUCUGGAACUUCGUGCCCAGUACACGUAUUACGAAUUGCACCUCUCAAUGCUACAUGAUGUAAAGUGGAUUGUACGAAAAAGAUUGAAAUGACUGACUGCUCUGUUUGCAAGGAUUUUAGAUUAUAUAUAAUUAUGAAUUAUAUAAAUUACACGUAUGAACAACAUACAGGGUGUACCGAAAAUCGUGGUGCAAGUCGAAAGACGGUGAUUCUCCGUGGAAAAGUCUGCCCUGAGAAAGUGAACCGGAACGUCCACGAAACGUCGCGCCACAACAAAGCGCAACACGCUGUUAAUACGGUUGAAAUACGAAGAGACACAACUAUACGUCGUAGGAUUGCCUAUUCGAAAAUAAAAUUCCGUUUGAAGAAAUUGCUGCUACGCAAACGAUAGAAAAAUUUCUCUGCGAUCUUCAAGUUUUAAUACUUAUAAGCAGCAGCGUAUGUUCUCCGUGAAAUCGUUUCAUCGGUACGAUCUUCGUAUGGUCGUAAAAAUACAUCAAGCUUACUGAAAUUGAGCGAAUCGCAAUUCGUGUCACGAUUUAGAAUCGGUGAACGCAUAGCAUUCUUCGGUUUCUGUAACGCGGAGCUGUCGCCUUUACUCGGCCAACGAGAUCAACGAAACCGGCUGGUCCGUUUCUUGCACCAGUGUCGCUGCUUUGUUUCCGCGUUGGCCGCAUCCGCGAACUUUCUUAACUUUCAUUUUCUAAUACGUACGAGCUACUUCUAAUGCCGGCCACUACCUUUCAUCCAUUAUUCAUCGUUAUGAACGCCGGUGAGCGCAUAACAGACUUGUAGUACGUACGUAUUAGCCCUACAAUGACGAAAUACCUGACGGUCAAGUUAGACAACUUCAAUUAACUUUCAGUUAGUCAAGCAAGUCGUUGGUUCAUCAAGUACAAGGUCUCAAGUUAAAUCGAUAUGCUUAUACGAAUGAAGUUAUUCAUUAUUUGAUUAACUUUUAUCGCUACUAACAUUAAUUUUUAAUGAUUAACCGUCCACGCGGUACCGAAUUAACUAUUAAAUAAAAAUAAUUCUGUGUACGAACAAGCUUAUCUAAAAAUUAUCGCGCCACAUAUCCGUACGCGACAAAUUUUCAAAUUUCAUUUGUCCGCUUGCAGAUAACGCCUUGAACAAACGAACCUUACAACCGUCUUGUUUUCGCAUCGCUGUAACUCUCUUUGAUUUAUCCUCGUUAAUGAUCGAUUCGUUCUUACGAACCAAACUCGUCGAAUCGUUUCACGAUACGCACGUUCAGCUAUAACGUAAAGCGUUUUUCCUAACGCACGUCUCACGCUUACGUGAAAGACACAUUUGUAUUCCCUUUUGUCUACGAGCGCAGCUACGCUUCCGCCAGGAUAUGAAACAAAAAUGUCACGAAACUACGCUCCAACCGCAUAACCAGGUUGCUAUAGAACCGUGUCACGAUUCGGCGCAUCGCUAUUCUUAUUAAUUUGAAUGUUCACGUAGACAAUUUUCACCUAGCCGUCGCUCGGCUAUCCGAACGAUCUCGAAGACGAUACUUCGUCACGCGAAAUUGUUCACGUUCGUUCUAAUAUGUGAAUGACGGAUGAUACCGUCUCGUCCCGCGUUAUGCACAUAGUCAUGCUCGUUAUGUGUAAACGAAAGAAAAGCGGUCACGACCGCUAUUUGGCCAUCACCCAGGAUUGGACGCAGCGAAAGUCCAUUGAGUUCGAACCAAGACAACGAUGGUUCCUUCCUAUUGCGAUGUGUCACCUGUGCAUGCCCUAUAAAUACUUAUGGGGGUCACCGAUAGCGAGCAAACGCAGUUUUCCUUCGGCCUCGUAGUUGCGAGCUAGGAUUUAGGGAGCGUCUCGAGGAUCGAUCAUGAAGAUUAUUUUGGUCUUGUUGUUGUUCCUGGCGGUCAGUGCAGCAAUUAUCGUUGAUAAGCACGAGAAGACUAAGCCUGUUGCGUCGAAGAGACACGACAAAAGAGGACUCGUAAAUUUGGAAUAUGGUGUGCCCGAUCAUCAGUACGGUCAUCCUGAACCGGCGCCUGUCUUCGAGCCUUCUCUUCCGGACGUGGGUGGACACUUGGAGUCAGUGAUCGCGCCUGUAGCACCUCCGCCACCGCUACCUGUAGCGCACGCAGCUCCCGCAGUUCCAGUACCGGUGCCUCAGCCGAUUCCACAGCCGCAACCAUUUCCAGUGCCGGUGCCUCAGCCAGUGCCGCAUCCGGUUCCAGUCGCGGUGCCUCAGCCAGUGCCACAUCCGGUUCCAGUCGCAGUUCCCGUGACGAAGCACGUGGCGGUGCCUGUACCAGUCGAUCGAGCAGUUCCAGUUCCUGUGGAUCGUCCUGUUCCCGUGCCAGUGGCUGUUCCCGUGCCAAAACCGUAUCCGGUCCACGUGGAGAAGAUCGUGCACGUCGAUAGACCAGUGCCAGUACCGUUCGACAGGCCAGUUCACGUGCCAGUGGAUCGACCAGUGGCCGUUCCUGUUCCAGUACCCAAACCGUAUCCGGUUCCGUACGAAAAGGUGGUCCAUGUGGACAGACCCUAUCCUGUUCACGUAGCAGUGCCUUACCACGUUCCCAAACCUUAUCCAGUACCUGUUGCUGUUCAUGCUCACAAGACACAUGGAUGGUUCAAGUAAGGUUUCUUCGAGAUAUCUAUGUCGGUUAACCAAAAUUUUCAACGUUGGAGCUACUGGCGGUCGAUGGUGGUGUACGAUAGCAUUGAGAAGUUUGGCAUCGUUUCAUCGAUUUAACACUUUGGCUAUUUCUUGUCUCGGAUGUUAGAACUACAUUGCGGGGUACGUAGAUGUUCAGAGGCAUUUGAGGAUGCACGAGCGCGCAAAAUUGAUAUAUUGUACAAAAUAUCCAGAGCAGAGUAUUUCUUACGUCAGUUGUGACAGGCGAAACGAGUCUCUACUCUUUUUAAUUCACAGAAAUAACUCUGUUUCGAGCGCAGUUUAACGCGUUAAGUCUUACCAGCGACGAUUUCUAAGUAUCGAAUCUAUCGACCCUUAAUAAUACACCGACAGCUGUUAACGCACCGACCGAAGUGAAAAAAACGACAGGUUUUUGGCAAAAAUUUACAACGCCAGCAUUGCAACGUAUUUGGUACAAAAUUCGAAAUGAACUUGCUGGAGUUUAUAAUGAGAAGGAGCUACGGAGAGUUAUACAAGAAACUGUAUAAAGAAUCUAUAGAGAAAAACUAGAGAAAAUCUUGGAAAAAUUGGAGUAAUUUUUGUUUUUAAAUUACAAACCAGUUGUUUUGACUGCGUUCGUAGCUCUUGCGUCAACUCUUAACUAAUACCGUUGCAUUGUACAAGUGGCUGCUAGAAUUUCGUUUAGAUCAUUUAAUUUUAUAUGCUGAAGAUUUAUCGAUAAUUUUUAUCGCGUAUUGCGCGUAUAACACAAAGUAAAAUUAAAUGAUCCAAGUGAAACUACUACGACCAUUUCUAAUCUAACGAGACCAGUUAAGCGUUAAAUGACUUCUUCCAACGUUAUUUUGGCUAAUCGUCCUUUCGA